AUGGGACCGCUUCAUCCAAUUCUCGUCCUCAUAGCUAUCAUCCUAUGUCCUGUGCUUUCUGCUGUGGUGAAGAGCGAAGUAGGACCGAAAAGCUGGGAUCUGUCGACUUCACUGAACGGAUUCUCCUUCGAGCGAGCCAGGGCUCUCGCAGCCACUAAGUCACCCGACCGAACCGGUGUCUAUGUAUCACGACUGAAGCAUCUCAAAACCAAGGAUGAUGUCUAUCCGAGAUCCUCACUCUCCCUUCUCACGCAGCCCGACCAGCCACACGAAAAAGAUACCCCUCGCCAAAACAUUACCGCUGUCGGUGCCUUCUCGACUGCCUAUGCAAUUCAGUGCACUUGGGAUCAGACCCCAGUUUGGCUAAUCUUUGACACUGGAAGCUCAGAUACAUGGGCCGCCAAGACCGGUUUUAGGUGUGAGAACAGCGCGGGCGAUAAACGCAAUCAGGCUGCCUGCAAUUUUGGCCAACCGCACAUCCCAGAGUUUCUUAAAGACAUCUCUGAGGUGUACUUCCACCGACGCUAUGGAUCUGGCGAAGAUGUGGCAGGCCCCAUGGGUACCUCUGAUAUCGCAUGCGGAGGCGUAUCAGUUUCCGGGCAGCAAGUCGGAUUAGCCAACAGAGCAUACUGGCACGGUGACAAUGUCACUGUUGGUAUUCUCGGGCUUGCCUACCCAUCACUCACAAGCGGCUAUAUCGGUGAUCCAGAUGAUCCGGUCGACGACUCUGAGUGGAACAAUUAUCCUUACACUCCUUGGUUGACCAACGCCAUCUCGCAAGGAUUGAUCGACCCUGUUUUCAGUGUCACCAUCGAUACAAACACCAGCGACGGUGUACUGGCUUGGGGAGGACUUCCUCCUAUGCAUUGGCAUCCCAGGUCUUUUGCAUCCACAGACCUCAUCAUUGCAAAGCUUGUCGAACGGGACGUCACAGCUUGGAAGCCUUCGUUUUAUACUAUAAUUCCAGAUGGCCUUCAAUGGGGAAGCACAACGGACACAGGAAGGUAUCCCUACAUCGUUGAUACAGGGACUACAAUGAUGCUCCUCCCUCCUCCAUUGGCCGAAGCCAUCGCAAAUGCGUUUGACCCUCCCGCUACGUACAUGGUGCAAUGGGGAGCCUACUUUGCCGACUGCAAAGCUGUGCCUCCUCAUUUCGCGGUCAUUAUUUCAGGCGUUCGUUUCUGGAUCAACCCAGCAGACCUGAUCUACGAAGAACUCAAGGAUCCAUCCAAUGAGAAGUGUGCUUUGGCUAUUUCGACUGGUAAAUCUGGACCGUAUGUCCUGGGCGACGUGUUCUUGCAGAAUGUGGUGGCUGUCUUCGAUGUUGGCGGUGCAGAAAUGCGGUUCUAUUCGAAAUACUAG